AAGUUGCCAACUGCAUACGCUGAAAGCUGAAGCUCAAAUAUCGAAUCCAGCCAAAAAUGGCCGAAUCUCCGCUGCCUUUUACCCUGCUUUCUCCAGAUUUAGCAGAGGUUUUCCUCAUUUAAACUCUGCCCCGGGUCACUACUACACUUGAGAGAGAGUCUAGGGUCGUCCUCGCCGGUCUGCGUUGAAAAUAGAACUCAAAAACAGUCUCCUUUAUCAUGGAGAUUUAGGGCUAUCUAUAGACCGUUAGCGAAGAUGAAAGCUUCAAUCAAGUUUCGGGAGGAAGAAAAACCUCUUUCCAGAGCAAAAGUUCCACUCAGCAUCUUGGGUUUUCCUUUCCAAUCUGGAAUCACUGCCGGUGACUCGAAAGAGCUCUGCUUGAAUCUCAGUACCUUCUUCCAAUCAGGGCCUUCGUUCAAAAUUGCUUAUCGUCCGAACGACUCAUGGAACCCUUUCAGCCUCAUCGUCAAAACCGGAAUCGGACACUUCGGGUCGCCAAUCUCUGCUCAUAUGACGAUGAGCGCUGAGUUCAAUCUCAUCAGCCGUGGAAACCCUAGUUUCUUCCUCCAAUUCAAGCCUCAGAUUGGCGAUUUCUCGAUCAUAAAGUCCCACCGAUCGCCUAUCGGGAAGGUCAAAUCGAACGCGAGAAAGAUCGAUUCCGACGACGAAGCAUCGGUUGACGGCGGUGAGAGAACGUUACAGAACGGUGUUGAUGAGCCUACUGGAAACUACAUCUUUCGAGGCAAGGAGAUUAACGGACUCUCACCGGAAAAUAACGCCGUACGCGGGAUUUGUAACCUAUUUUCAGGUAUGGAGUUGAACGCGAGAACGGUUUUGCCGAUCAGAGACCGAGCCGUUUUGAAAUUCCGAUGGGGGGUCAGUGAAGCUUUCGUGGAAAAUAAAAUCACGGAAUCAUCGUCCAGGAAUUCUCUGUGGAAGAUUCCUCUCCUUGUGAUGAGGAAAAUCACCGUCGAACAAGUGGUGCAUGAGGAGGGCUCGAAGGAGAAGGAGAAAGAGAAGAAGAAGACCUUCACGGGAGACGCUGACGUGUCAGAUGUCUGUUUGGCUGUGAAGCGUCAGCUGGAAGUCAUGCAGGCGGAGAAUAGCUCUCUGAGAAGAGUCGUGGAGGAGUUCAGGUCAGAUGUACGCGGGGGAAAGCCAGUCUCGACCGCAGGGAAUCGAGAUUCCGGGAAUUAUAGGGAAACCGAAAGAAAUGGUGGGAAAUUUCCGGUGGGAAGGAAAGAGCGGCGGAAUGAUGAGAGAAAGUCGGAAUCGGAAUUUGGUGGGCCAGCAGCAGGCAAAACGAUGGAGGGAGAUGUGAUUGUAAAUGACGAGUUGAAGGCAUGAUCGUUCUUUUAAUCCCUACCGUUGGAUCUUAUGUUUCGUAGGUGCUAGUGUGCUACUGUAGGAUCCCUAGUGUGAGAUUUGUUUUUAAAAUUUUAUUUGUUUAUUUUAUGGGUUUUUCUUUCUGGUCUAUGGCUAGUGAACUAUAAUAUGGUAGUACUUAGGUUAUUUCAUGUCAUAGAGGAUAAGACAAUGUACAAUUUCAGCGUAUUAUUAUUAUUUUUUGGUAAAAUAUCAUUUCGCUUUAUGUUA